UCAUUGGACUCUGGUGUAACACGACAGUCUUGCCAGGACGUGGAGCUGCGAGGAGCUCAUUUUGUGGUGCUGCAUCAAAACAAUAUUUCUUGUGGAUUCAAAGUGUUACAUGUACGAUGGAGACCAGAGGUGUUUGGCUGAUCUUGUUCCUCCUGCUGCUGGCCCAGUGCACACUCCAGCAGAGCACCCCGAAGACAAGAAGUGGCAAGAAAGACUCUGCAAACAGCGUAGCAAUCGAGGAGCUGAAGAAACAGAUAAGUGACAUAAUUCAGGAGCUGAAUUUGUUGAAAGAGCACCAGGCUCUACAAACAGUUUGUCUGAGAGGGACCAAGAUCCUGGGGAAGUGUUUCCUGGCUGACCCGGUGCAGAAGACCUUCCACGCGGCCAGCGACGACUGCCUCGCCAAAGGAGGCAGCCUGGCCACCCCUCUGUCAGGGGACGAGAACGACCAGCUCUACAGCUACGUCCGCCAGAGCAUCGGCCCCGAGGAGCACAUCUGGCUGGGCAUCAACGACAUGGUGACCGACGGCCAGUGGGUGGACCAGGCUGGGUCCAGUGUGCGGUUCAAGAACUGGGAGACGGAGAUCACCCUGCAGCCGGACGGAGGGCGCAGCCAGAACUGUGCCGUCCUCUCCACCACAGCCAACGGGAAGUGGUUCGACGAGAGCUGCAGGGCCAAAAAGGCCUCGGUCUGUGAGUUCAACAUCGUCUGAGGCCAUAAAGGGACAGUUCACCCAGAUAGGCAUCAUCCAAGUGUCUGUAACUCAAGACUUACAAUUUGGCUCGACACGUUAUUUACACCAAGUUAAUUGUUAAACUUCCUCGAAUAUGAAUGUCGGGGCUUACAGACACUUGGAUGACACCACAGGAGCAGCAUGAGGCAUUUUAGGUUUUUUCCUUUUUUUUUCACAUUUGAAGAAGUGGUCACCAGUUACUUCAAUUGUAUUGAAUUUGACUGCAACACUGUUUGCCCCUGAAACUCCAGAAGUGUUUUGUGAAAUCAAACACUUUUACCCCCCCCCCCCCCCCCCCUCCAUCGGCAUACUGGGGAGUAGAUAAUGGGUGAAUUAUCACUUUUUGGGUGAACUAUCCCUUUCCGGAAUAUGUUAGAAUUGAUUGGAUAUUAAUCCAGGUAAACUCCACUGGAUACUUUAUGUUUUUAUAACAUCUGCUGAUAAAUGCCAAUAACCAUGAAAGCUUUUUCUAUUGUUCUUGCUUUAUUUUUCAUUUCUGAAUGUUUAAGUAUGCUGUGUAUAUUACAUAUAUAAUAUGUUAUAAACACGGGUCUCCUCUGUUGCAACACUUUUGCUCUUUGGAGAAAACAUCCUUGAGAAAUUCUUGUGUAACAGCUCAAUAAAAAACGUCACAUGGCAACUGCGGCUAAUAAAUGAA